UUGAAUGAUUGCACCGAUUAUUAAUUUAUUAACUUAUUAAGAAAUUUAUAUAAUAAUCAUUAUGAUUCUAUAUCUACAUUGAUUGAAUGCACCUUGUUUAUUUCAUUUAUUUAAAAUGUGAAUUGAAUUACUUAAAACAAAAAUAAUAAUAAAAGAAAAACAAAAAGAAAAGAAAAAAGAGAAGAAAAGAAAGAAGAAAAAAGAAUGAUUAAUGAAUUCAAUGAAAACUAGAAUCAUACUAAUGUGAAUAAACAAUAUUUAUAAGGAAUAUAUAUAUGUCUACACAUAAUAUUGAAUCUAUUCAACAAUUAGUUUCCUAUUUUCUUUGUUAGUUUCCUGGCAAAAAUUAUUAUUUAUAUUCUAAUACCGAUUGUGAAAUUUCUAAAAAAACAACAAUUAAAAAAACACACAUCAAAAACUCAUGUUUUAUUUAUCAACAAAGUGGAAUAUAUAUAAAUAGUUACUGUCCAUAAUAAUUCAAAUUUCUAAUGACGUCUAAUCAGUUACUAUCCAAAAUAAUAUUAUUCAUAUUUAUAUUAUUAAUGAUUAUUCAAUUAACUAAUUCAAUUACAAUCAAUAUCAAUGAUACCAAUACUAAUUAUUCUAUUGAUAAUUCAAUCAAUAAUAAUAAAUCAAUAUCCGAUCAAAUGUUAUUAGAAAUUUAUACAACAUGGAUUGAUUUUGCUAAACAUUUUGUUCCUACAGCAUUAUUUGUUGAUCGUUAUGUAACAAUCAUUUAUUAUAUAUUAGGUUUUCCUGGUAAUUUUAUUUCAUUAAUUAUAUGGUCUAAUAAAAAAAUGAUCAAAGAAAAUUCUGCUGCUGUUUAUUUAGCUGCAUUAUCAUUAAAUGAUAUAAUUGUAUUAAUAUUUGCAUUAAAUAGAGAUUUAUCACGUGUAUGGCAAAUACGUGAAUAUUUAUUACCUGGUUCAUGUGAAAUACAAAAUAUUUUAUCACCAGCUGUACAAUAUGCAUCACCAUUAUUUGUACUUGCUUUUACUAUUGAACGUUGGUUAGCUAUAUGUAAACCAUUUUAUAUUGAUAGAAUAUGUAGUUCAAAAAGAGCAAUUUAUAUAUGUAUCAUAAUUAUCAUUAGUACAAUCAUAGUUUGUUCUGGUUAUGCAUAUAUAUUUAUAACAGAAACAAAUACAUGUAGUAAACGACAUAUUAAUCCAUUAAUUAUAAGUGUAUAUUUAUCAUGUUUAGAAGGUGUAUUUGCUGGUGUUGUACCAUUAUUAGUAUUAAUAUUUAAUUGUUUAGUCAUUAAAGAAUUAGCUAAAGUUCAUCAUGCUAAUAAACAAUUAGCUAUUAUGUCAAAUCAUUUAUCAUCAUCAUCAUAUUGUUCAACAUCUCAAUCGAAUAUAAUAAAUAAUAAAAAUUCACCAAAACCUUCAUAUACUACUACUACUACUACUAUUACUCAUAAUAAUAAUAAUAAUCACCAUGGGAAUAAAAUUAAAUUAUAUUUUAAAAAUAUUUUCACUAAGCAACUAUCAUCAAAUUCAAUAAAAUCAAAUAAAAAAAUUAAUAAAACUUCAUUAAUAUCAAAUGAAAAUUCAUUAAAUUUUAUUCCACAAUAUAAUUCAAUCAAUUCAAUCAAUCAUAAUAAAUCAAUAAUCAAUGAAAAAUCAAUAAUUUCUAAUCGUAAUAAUAAUAAUGAAUUAAUUCAUAUAAAUUAUAAUGAUUCAUAUAAAAUUUCACAUAAUAAACGUACUAGUCCAAGUUUUAAAUCAACAACAUUAAUGCUUUUAACAGUUAGUUUUUAUACAAUUUUAACAACAUUACUUGGUGGUCUUGUUUAUUUAAUACAUCAAACACAAGAAGAGCCUAAUAUGAAUGCAACAGAAAAAGAAGCUUUAGAAGAUCCUAUUUGGAAUCAAUAUUUCAAAAUGAUUACAAUUAAAGCAUUUGGUGAUGAGAUUGCAUUAUCACAUUAUGCAUUUAGUUUUAUUAUUUAUUAUGCAACUGGAUGUAAUUUUCGUCAACGUGUACAUCAAUUAUGCAAAAAUGUAUUAUAUAAAUUAGGUUGUCGUUGUCAUAAAUUAAUGAAACUUGGUAUAAAUGAAGAAAGUGAUAAUAAUAAUAAUAUACCAUCAAUUACUCGUCGUUCACAUAAUCGUUUAUUAACUAAUCAUGAUAGACAAGAUGAUCUGGAUUUUACAAUUCAUACAUCAUCACAAUAUCGUCAAUCAAAAAAAUUGAUUGAUUAUCAAAAAUCAAUUGAAAUGGAUCAAUCUAUAGAAUCAAAGUAAUACAAAUUUAUUUAAAUCAUCUAGUAUAUAUCAAAAAGUAGAUUUCAAUGAAUAAAUCAAUAUUCUCAAGAGAUAAUGCCAUGAAGGACAUAAAAAGUGUUGAAUAUUUUAAAUGUUCAUGUUGUAAUUCCUUGAUGUUAUACAUCGAAUAUACUUGAAAAAUAAUCAGACUUCAAAGAGUAAACAAACAAACAUCACAAACAAAACGUCUACAAGAAAGUUCAAGACAAAAGAAAUCACUGUCAAACACAGUAUAAACCAUAAAACAAUAUCAUAGUCUGAUAUGAAUGUAAACAAAUUGUUUACUAUAAUAAACGCAAUAUUAAAAUACCAUAGAAAUGAUUAUUUUUUAAAAGAAAAAAAAUGUUUUUUUUGUUGGUUCAACUCAAACUUCUUUCUAUAUUUUCUUUUUCCUCUUUUUUUUGUUGUUGGAUACAAGAUUAAAGCAUUUUGAAUUCUGGUACUAGUGUUUCUUCGCUCCUUGAUUUCAUUGACUGACAGUUGAUAUAGAUGUAAUCGGUUAAGAUUAAAAUGAUCCAUUAGCAAUGAAACAUUUAAACCAAUUAGUCCCUUUUGAUAAAUUUCGAUAAUGUAAUAAAAACAUAAAAAUGAUCCGAACUAUGUGACGAUAUAUUAACCCAAUCACAUAGUUCUGAUAAUCUACAUAUUCUUAUUACAUGAUCAAAAUGAAAUAUUGAUUUCCUUUCAUUUUGAUACAUUUAUUAAGUGCAUUAUAUGUUCAUGGUUUCAUUCAUGAUUAUUUCUAAAACAUCUUUGUAUAUAUGAACGUGUGUAAAACAAAAUCACUACCACCACCACCAACAACAACAACAAGAUAAUAAUAAUAAUAGCCAUAGCAACUAUUAUUAUUAUUAUGACUAUUUGCA